AUGGUCAAUGUCUUUGCUGUCCAGGUCUUCUUCAUCGUUUUCCGCGAGUGUCUCGAAGCGGUGAUUAUUGUUUCGGUGCUCCUCGCCUUCCUCAAACAGAGUCUGGGCCAGCCACACCAGGACCAGGGCAUCUACAAACGGCUGGUGCGGCAAGUAUGGGCAGGCUCGAUAACCGGCAUAGUCUGCUGCUUGAUUAUCGGUGGCGCGUUCAUCGGUGUCUUCUACGGGUUGGGCCAUGAUAUUUGGUCCAACGCCGAAGAUCUCUGGGAGGGUAUUUUCUACCUGAUCGCAACCGUCAUCGUAACCGUCAUGGGUCUGGCUCUGCUACGCAUCAACAAGACCAAAGAGCAGUGGCGCAUCAAAAUCGCCAAGGCGCUCGUUGAGAAGAGCAAGCACCAUCGAAAGUCCAAGUGGCUCGGGGACUGGGCCCGUCGCUACGCCAUGUUCCUCCUUCCAUUCAUCACUACCAUGCGUGAGGGUGUCGAAGCGGUUGUCUUCGUCGGUGGCGUCUCGCUCGGCUACCCGGCUACUGCCUUCCCUUUGCCCGUCUUCACCGGUAUGCUGGCCGGGUUGACCUGUGGUUACCUCAUUUACCGCGGUGGUAAUGUGAUGUCCAUCCAGCUCUUCCUCAUUGCUUCGACCUGUGUGCUGUACCUGAUUGCAGCGGGAAUGUUCUCCAAAUCGAUCUGGGAUUUGCAAUACUACGAGUAUCAGAAGGGGGUGGGAUCCGAUGUCGCCGAAGAGGGCAGCGGAGCGGGCUCGUACAACAUCCUCCAGACGGUCUGGCACGUCAACUGCUGCAACGCAGAGACCGACAACGGGUGGGAUGUCUUCAACGCGAUUCUCGGGUGGGAGAACACCGGCACGUACGGUUCCAUCAUCUCGUACAACGUCUACUGGAUCUUCAUCAUGCUGUGCGUGGCCUACAUGCUGUGGGAGGAGCGCUCGGGCAAGCGGUCCCUGCGCGAGCGCAUCCUGAUCGGGCUGGCCAAGGUGCCGGGUCUCAAAUGGUACGCCAAGCCCAAGCUUGCGGCCCUGCAGGAGAACGGAGAGGACAUUGUGCGCCAGGUGCACAGUGGGCUGUUCAACGAGGAGGCCGUGGUGGAGCAGCAGAUGGUGGAGAUGAAGUGAGCAGCGGUGUGCGACAAGGAUCGGAGAGAGGUGGAAAAAAAGUAAAGAUCAACUUCGAUGGCAGAUCGGACACCGCGUCCGUUGUUCUGGUUGAUCGACUGGUUCUGUGUUUUGUUGUUUUCUGCUGUCAGAACAUUCAUCUAUGUCAAAUUACGCUCGGCUACCUGCUUGUCAUCAGAUAAUCUUAAUUGAAUGAGUCAUACUUUGCGAG